AUUGAAACCAACCCCCAAUUCAUCAAUUUCCAUCAUAUCCCAUCCACCAAAAUGGCAACCGGCGAACAAAACCUCUCCGUGCUCCUCGCAACAAUGGAGCCCACCCUCGACUCCAAAACCUACGUCUUCAUCACCACCACGCAAGCCCUGCACUUGCUUCCACUAGCCACUUUACAACCAACCCUGAUCGCCCACGAAGCCGAGGGCACGACUAUCGUGACGACGGAAGACCUUGCCGCGUCACACGGGCUUGAGGGUGUCUUCCCUUGCAAGCGGAUCUCGCUGACGGUGCAUUCGAGUCUGGAGGCUGUGGGGUUGAUUGCCGCUAUCACGAAUCGGCUUAAGGAUCACCAGAUUAGCACUAAUGUGGUCAGUGGGUAUUAUCAUGACCAUAUUUAUGUACCUGCCGAGCGAGCGGAGGAUGCAAUGCCUGUUUUGGAGGAUUUGAUUGAGGAGGCGAAGAAAUAGAUGCGUGUUGUAUUAUAAUCUCUAGAUCUGUUCAAUCAGAUGAAAAUGGCAUAUUAGUGCAGAAUUUGCACUGCACUAGAUGGAUCCAGUGGC